GCAUCUCUCAGGGAGCCACCCAAAAGCCAAUGGAGAGAGUGUGCAUGCCCGCGAUUUGUAAACCUCCACCAUACGAGCCGAGCAAACAGUCUAACGAGACCAAGCGGCUCACGACUGCGAGUAUUGACGUUAUAAUGCUCCUGGUUUCCGAAUGCACACCGAGAAACUCAUAGGAUCAUAGGAACAAUACCAACACACAGCACUGCUGCGGGAUCAGUUCAGGAAAUAAAGUCCAGUUCGCCUUCAUUAUGAAGAAGAGCCAUCUCGUCAAAAGGGGUGUUCAGGAUGCUGCACCUCCGUCCACACAGCCAGACAAAGUGGGCUGGAUCCGCAAGUUCUGCGGUAAAGGCAUUUUCAGAGAAAUCUGGAAAAAUCGCUUUGUGAUGCUCAAGGCUGACCAUCUGUAUAUUUUUGAAAAAGAGAUGAAGAAUGAUGGCAAGACACAUGAAGUGUUUGACCUGGCUGAAUAUGAGCGAUCGGAGGAGGUGCGCAAAGCCAAGAAUCGCAGCAAGAAGAACCACAGCAAGUUCACUCUGUUGCGCUGCCGGCAGCCAAGGGCUCGUACUGCCAAUCUUGUGUUCUUGGCUGUUAGUCCAGAGGAAAAGGAGUCUUGGAUCAAUGUCCUGAACACAGCCAUUACAAGAGCCAAGAACCGCAUACUGGAUGAGGUUACGAUUGAGGAGGACAGCUUGUUGUCUCACCCAACACGUGACCGUGCCAAGAUCCCACUUGGGCGACGCUUGCCAACACGGGGUCAUCUAAUGGCUGUGGCCUCAACCUCCUCAGAUGGGAUGCUGACUCUUGAUCUUGUGCAUGAGGAAGACGCUGGCAUGGAACAUGAUCAUGCUGUGUGGGUAAAGGACCAUCGGGGAAACCUUGACCUGUUGGCCCCUGCACGAAGACGUGCUGGCACUGAUGUCUCAAGACCGCGAGAAACCUCAGAGGAGGGCAGGGUUAAGACCAGCAGCCUUCCCCGUGAGAGUGAACUUUCCUGGAGCAACAAAAACCAGUCUCAAAGUCCUCAGCAUGGGAAGAAUCCUGUAGCCCUGGAAAUAAUUCACAAUGGCUCACUGGACAACUCUAUGAGUCUCUCAAGUCACCUUCAUGACAUUAUCACCCAGCAACUACAGAGGACCCAAGAACUAUUGGCAGAAAUCCAGGGGCAAGAGCCCCAAAGAGGACGGAUAGGUUGCUACCCCCAUCUAAGGGGCAUAGACUCUCCAAGGUUGUGCCAUUUAAAGUGCUCUGGUUCCCCCCAGUCUAAGAGUUCUAGCUCCCACAGCUCAUCUCAAGGGAAAAUAACAGACUCUCCCUCCCGAAUUAAGACCAAGGAUUCACCUAACGCUAGGACAAAGGAAUCACCUCAUGUCAAAGGAAAGGAUUCCCCUCAUUCAAAAUCCUCAAAGUCACCUCACUACAAGGACCAGUUCCGUUCAAAGAGUGUUGAUUCACCUGAUUCAAAGGCUUCCUGCUCACCUAGUAUGAAAUGCUUUGAUCUGACCCAUAUCAAGGGUUCAGAGUCACCCAUUUCUCCUGGCAACAGUUCACCCAAUUCAAAAACGGUUGAGUCGCCCAGUUUGUGGCUUUUGAGUUCGCCCCAUUUUAAAGGAAUGAAGGACACAAACACAUUCACUGAGUUGCUGGACUGGGAGAGCAAAAGGGCAGCGACGGAACGGUUGCUACAGGAAGCAAUCUCCUCUUGGGAGGAAGCAAGGGAGAUUUUGGCAGAGGUGAAGGAGCUCCAGGCUAGGCAGAAGCUAGCAGAGGAGAACAAAACACCAGAUCCUUUAGCACUCUCACAGGACAGCAAGAAUUGAGCAGUCUGACACCACCACACCUAGUCACAAUGAUGUAAACUUGUUGAACUAUUCUAAAUAAAUGACAUGAGAGAGCACAAUAAAUAUAUAAAUUGCACUAGGAACAUUUUGUUUAUAUUUCCCUACAAUUAAUCCUCUUGUAACACAUUGCUGAUAAUAUUCAUUCUUAAAUUUCCCUUCAACACCUCAGGCCCUUGUCUUUGCACUUGAAGUUUUUACUGUAAAUUGUACUGUACAUUGUACCCUUUUUUUAAAUUAUGUAAAGGUUACAUUUCAAUCCUAAAAUCUUAUCAGUAUACUACAUGAAAUGAUGUUACUGUAUAUUGUUUACACCUGGAGUCAAUGUUCAAUUUGUUUGCAGCAGUUUUAGAUGUUACUAUGAUGCAGAUACUCCAGAUACAGAUAUAGACGUUUGGUCAUGACACACAUGCUUGGUCACAGACCUUUUGACCAAAUUGUAAGUUUUUAUUUCAUUAUAAUCUUGCAAAUGACUGAAUGUUAGCAAAUGCUUCCAAAAUAAAAUUAAAAUCUAUCUCAAAGUAA